AUUUGUUUUUGGCGCACAAUCAUGAAUACAUCUCCUCCUCAGUAUGCAAUCACAUUUGCUUGGUUGCUAUGUGUAAUAUUAUUUAUGUUCAACACGGGUUCUUGGAGCUUCAUGAUCCGUUGUAACCAGAAAGACAAGCAUGCUCUCUUAUACUUCAAGCAAGGAGCCACUGAUCCAUCAGGUGUGCUCUCAUCAUGGUCCACUACCAAAGAUUGUUGUGAAUGGAGGGGAGUGACUUGUGACAACAUCACAAGUAGAGUCACUGAGCUUAGUCUCACGUGUUCUACAGCUCUUCAUCCAACUUUUGUUGACAAAGUGGAUAAAUCACACUGCCUUACAGGUUCUAUUCAUCUAUCUUUUGUGGACUUUGAAUUUCUAAAUUACUUGGAUUUGAGCAAUAAUGAUUUCUUGGCUAUCCAAUUUGAUUAUGUUAAUAGUCCAUAUGAUCAUAAUCGAUCUCUUGCUACCUCUCCUCGUCAAUCUGUGAACUCUUCAGUUCUUCGUUAUCUUGAUUUAUCAGAUAAUGAGAGUCUUGCCAUUGAUAAUCUUCUAUGGCUUUCCCACCUUUCUUCCUUGGAAUAUCUCAACCUUGGUCGCAUUGAUCUGCAUAAGGAAACUAAUUGGCUUCAAUUAGUGAGUAUGCUUCCAUCACUUACAGAGUUGCGCCUGAGUCGUUGUCAACUUAAAGACUUGAGUCCGUCUCUUCAAUAUGCUAAUUUUACUUCACUUCAAGGUCUUCAUCUUUCCUAUAAUGAAUUUGACUCAGAGUUACCUAAAUGGUUAUUCAAUCUUUCUAGUGGCAUUUCAUAUAUUAGUUUUUAUGAUAAUUCUUUGAAAGGCCAACUACCGAAGGCAUUGCCAAAUCUUCGAUAUCUGAAAUCCUUGAUUUUGGCAUUCAAUAACUUCAAUGGACCAAUUCCAGAUUGGCUAGGACAACUUGAACUUUUGCAAGAGCUUUAUCUUACAGGGAACGAGUUUACUGGAUCUAUUCCCACAAAUUUGGGAAAUCUGUCAUCCUUAAUGGUCUUGGAUGUCGGCAGCAAUAAUUUGACCGGGGUUGUGUCUCAGAGAAAUUUUGCAAAAUUAUCGAAGUUGGAGAAUUUGGAUAUAUGCGUAUCACCACCGUUAAUCUUUGAUUUUGAUCCCCAUUGGGUUCCUCCUUUUCAACUUGACGACAUAUGUUUAGCAUUUGGUGGUUCUAAACCUCCUGCAUGGCUAUACACACAAAGAUCCCUUGAUCUUCUAGCCAUUUUUCACUCAUCAUUUGAGGCUCAAGAUGAGUUUUGGAAUUUUGCAUCAAUGACGAAGGUCGAGCUAGAUUUAGAAGACAAUUCAAUAGAUGGGGACAUUUCAAAUGCGGUGUUGAACACUACAUUCAUAGCUCUGUCAAACAAUAAUUUGAAAAGUGGUUUGCCUCGACUCUCAUCAAAUGUGGCCCUUAUUGAUUUAUCAAACAACCUAUUGUCAGGAACCAUCUCUCCCCUUUUGUGUGAUCCUAAGAUGCUGAAUGGGAAAAGCAAUUUGUUAUAUUUGGAUCUCUCUAACAAUCAUCUAUCUGGAGGGCUUACAAAUUGUUGGAAGAACUGGAAGUCAUUACUUCAUAUUAACUUGGGAAGCAAUAACUUAACAGGAGAGAUACCCCCAUCAAUGGGCUUAUUAUCUAAUCUUACUACGUUGCAUCUGCAUGAGAAUGAGCUCUAUGGUGAGAUAACUCCCAUGUUGCGGAAUUGCCCUCUUCUGGUCUUUAAUGUUCGUGAAAAUAACUUCUCAGGAAAUAUACCAAACUGGAUACCACAGAGUGCAAAGGCUCUCCAAUUAAGGUCCAAUCAAUUCAGUGGUAACAUUCCACCACAAAUAUGCCAAAUUUCUUCCCUAAUUAUUUUUGAUUUUGGAGAUAAUAGAAUCUCAGGACAUAUACCCAAUUGCCUAAAUAAUAUCACAUCUUUAAUUUUCAACAAUGCUUCGCAUAGUAAGCUUACUUUUUACUUUGAUCUCGGUAGUAUUUAUUACUACUCUGUAGAGAGUCUUGAGCUUUUUACCAAGGGUCAAGUAUCAGAAUACGAAAAAACCCUGCACUUUAUGACCUUACUUGAUCUUUCCGGCAAUGAAAUAUCAGGAGCAAUACCUCCACAACUGUUUAGCCUCAUUGGAUUGCAUUCCUUGAACUUGUCCUUCAAUAAAUUAGAGGGAAGAAUACCAGAAGAGAUUGGCAACAUGAAAAACUUGGAGUCCCUUGAUUUAUCAACAAACCAACUUUGGGGUGAAAUUCCUCAGGGCAUUUCCAGUCUAUCCUUUCUCAGUUUCUUAAACCUGUCAUCCAACAAUCUCACGGGCAAAAUACCAUCAGGCACACAACUUCAGGGGUUUACUGAACUCAGCUACGUAGGAAAUCGUGAUCUUUGUGGACUUCCACUCAAAAAAAUCUGCUUGCAGGAUGGUCAAUCAAAAGACACAAAGCCAAUGGAUGAAGCUGAGAAUGAAUCUGAAUUUUUGUCAUGGUUUUGCAUUGGUAUAGAAUGUGGAUUUGCCGUGGGCUUUUUGGGAUUCUGCUGUUGCAUUUUCUUAAAUAGGAAAUGGAGACACGCUUACUUCAAAUUCCUUUAUGGCUUAGAAGAUCGACUUUGUCGUGGUUAUCAUCAAUGUUAACUCCUUCCGGUUGAGAUUGAACAAGUGCAUGCAUAGCCUAGUGGUACUUUUGCAGUUUCAACUCUACCUACCUGGGUCUAAAAAAGUGAUGCUACUGAAGCCUUUGCUUAUAAAGGACUUUAAGGUCGUGGAUGCUCUUUCUUAAAUAAAUGUGUGGUAUCAGACAUGUUUCUUAUUCGUAAUUUCCGUCCAGUAAUAACUAUAUAACUAGCAUGCAAGUAUCAAGAUAUAGGGAUUAUAUCUCAUUUUCUCGAAAAAAUUACCCAUGUAAUUACUUUAAUUAUACAAAAAUUAAAAAAUUAUUACUCAGUUGUUAAAUUAUGUUAUAGUUUGAUAUAUAUAAUUAUGUAAGAUUUGUUUAAAUUAUUUUAUGUGAUGAUUAAUUUUAUUUAAAUUGGACAGUAUUACUUGUAGAAAAAUAUUAAUAUAAAAAUUGUUUCUCUUUCU